GGAAGGAAAAGGAAGGGGAGGCAUGUGUACUUCUGAAGUAAAUAAAAUUUAAAAGCUACACUAAGACUUUUAAGACAUUUUGUUUAUCCAAUCUUGUGCUAAGAACUGUAGAGGAAGCUGGAAAAUAGAAGAUAUGUAGAACAAAUCAGCAAGAAUAGUCUGGACAGCAAGGGAAAUGAGUAUACAUAGUGUGAGCUAGAGAGGCAAGAAAUGUGUCUGUUUUUAAGAGAGGUUCUCAUUAGAACAGAAUGGGAAAGAAGCCACAAUGAACAAGGUUUGAAGGAUGGUUGUCUUUUCCUGGGUCACAAUCCUCAUUUUCAUUAUGAUAAAGACUAACUACUCAGAGACAAUUGUGAGUGAGAGAAGUGAACAGACCUGCUGUUCCCUGGUUUCUUGUGGUACCCCUGGGGCAAAUGGAGCUCCUGGAAAAGAUGGAAGAGAUGGACUCAAGGGAGAAAAAGGAGAACCAGGCCAAGGACUCAGAGGUAUUCAGGGCCCUCCAGGGAAAGUGGGGCCUCCAGGGCCACCAGGAUCACAGGGAGCUCCAGGACAACAAGGCUUAAAAGGAGAUAAAGGAGACAGUUCAGUUGCCUUGGCUAAGCUGUCAACCUUGGAGAGGCAAAUUCAAGAUCUUGAAAGAAAAAUGGAAAAUAUCAAUGAAUCUUUUCUCAAACUGGUCACAACCUCAACUAAACAAGUUCAGACCCUUCAAGCUCAAGUGGACAGGAAUCAGAAUGUUCUGACCUUCUCCUUGGGCAAAAAGACUGGGAAAAAACUGUUCAUAACUAAUGGAGAAAAAGCCACUUUUGACAGAGUGAAAGUUCUUUGUGAACAACUUGGAGCUACCAUUGCAACCCCAAAGAACAGUGAGGAGAAUAAAGCUAUCCAGGACUUGGCCAACGGCAUCUCAACUUUCCUGGGUAUCACAGACACAGUGCAAGAAGGACAGUUUACAUACCUGACAGGAGGAAGAGUGACUUACACCAAUUGGAAAAAAGAUGAACCCAAUGAUUAUGGACCCGGGGAAGACUGUGUAUUAAUGCAGAAUAAUGGAUUAUGGAAUGAUAUAUCCUGUACCGCUUCCUUGCUGGCUGUCUGUGAAUUACUUGUUUAAAUGGAUCCCUCACUGCGCAUUGAAUGUUGAGACCCUUUACCUGUGACUCCAUAUCAGUGAUACGAGGAAAAAUGUCAGAACUUUGUAAGCUUGAAGUUCAGUUGUCAUAUUCUGCAUUGAAACACAUAAUUAAAAUACCCAGCUCCAACUUCUUGAUUUUCUCAUGCACAUUUACAUUAGCGGUAGUCCCUAAAAUGUCCAAUGAAGGAAAUAGGGAAUACAAUGUUUGACUGGAAAGAGAAAACCAAGAAAAUGUGAUUCUAUGAGCUUGUUAAGUCUUCAACCCAGAGGGGCUAGUUCUCUCCCUUGAACACCCCAUAUAUAUAAAUAUCUCUAUAAAUUUGUGUGUAUUCAUCUAUAUCUGUAA